UUGUUGAGUAAUCUGGUUACCAUAACUGGCAUAAAGGUCGGACCUUUUCAUAUACAUUGUGUCUACAUUCACUCCAUUUCACUUCCUUCCCUGUCUCGUACUUACCCUAAAAAUUGAGAGAAUCAGGGUUUUGUGCUCCAUCCAUGGAAGCAUCAGGAGCUGCAAAGCGUUUUCGCCCAUCAAGUGCAAAUGAUCCGAGCGAUGAAGAGAUAAAUGUAUACUUUAAGAUUUUUAAAACUGUCCGCCUCAGAGUUAAGAGAUCUGAGACCAUUGACAAUCUCAAGAAACGUUUACGUGAAAUUGAAGGCAUUGCUGAAAAUCUUCAGGAGUUCUUUUUCGCUGGAAAUCGGCUCAGUAAUGGACAGAGGCUAGUUGAUGGUGGUAUUCAUGAAAAUGCCUCUAUCGAUAUAAUUGUCCAGAACGUUCAUUUAGUGAAAAUAUUUGUCAAGGUAGCAUCAAAUCAGAAGACAUUCAGUUUGGAAGCAAGGGCUCAAGAUAGAGUCCAACAUGUUAAGUCCAUGAUUCAUGCAAAGGAGGGUUUCCAACCUGAUCAGUUCACUCUUGUCUAUGAUGGAAAACUGCUAGAAGAUGAUAGAACUUUGGCUUCCCUCAACGUGAGAACUGAGUCGACCCUCUAUUUAAUUUUCUGUCCAAAAGAUGUGUUGUCAAUUUUUGUGAAAACAACAACCGGAGAGAUUGUAAAACUCGAAAUAAAAGCUCAGUUUACGGUCCGUGACAUCAAAGAAAUUAUCGGGAGCAUGAUAGGUGUGUCAGUCAUUGAUCAGGAUUUGUGCUUUGGGGGGGAACGGCUUGAGAACUGCAAGACCCUGGCUUUUUAUAACAUCUUUGAGGAAUCGACCUUGGAGAUCCAACCUCUUUCAUUUCAGAUAUUUGUCAAGCCUCAAAGUGGGAACACCGUUCUUAUUGAUGUUUUUCCAUUUGAUACCAUUGAGAAUGUGAAGCAAAAGGUUUCCCAGAAGGUGAUGAUUCCUCAAGAGUAUCUGUGUUUUGUGUUUGCUAGAAAACGGCUUGAGGAGCAUCGGGAUUUGACAAGUUACAACAUACAGAGGCACUCUACUCUCCAUGUUGCUAUGAUACCCCGAGGAGGGAUGUGUAAGAAGUGUUUGACUGACAUUUGACGUUCCGAAAGAGAGAGCAUUCAUGAUUUGAAGGCCACCAUCAAAAAGAAAAAUGGGUUGCACUGUGAAGACGGUCGUGUACAACCUGUUGGCGUUGGACGAUGACUUACAACAUCAUCUUAUGGAAUCUCCAUGUUUGAUAAGUUGGUUUAUUUGUUUUAGUGGGUGUUAUUCUACAUUAUUAUCCUCCUUCAUCUGAUUCCUUAUCUGGGCUGAGUGGGUUGCAAGUUGUGCACAGGUCAUGAAAUUUCGACUCUUUUUUUUUUUCAUCAUUUUGGAUUGCCUUUAAGUUGUUUUGCAUAUUGUAGGAAAGAACUAUAAUGUGCAUAAAAACUAGCCCUUUCCUUUUCUGGUUUAAACUGUCUGUCAUGCAAUUUUUCUUUAUCUGAUUUUAUUUGCAAUUAGAGGUGUAAUUUACACACUCUUUGGCCCAUUUUUAUUUCUUAAUUCCUUAAAAGGGUUCUGUGUUCCGUGGAUGGCAUGAUGCCUUAAAUGCAUCUUGGACAUCCCAAUUAAAUGGUGAUUGUACACCGUGGUGUUCUCAUAGUUGAACUUAUUUUCUUCUUUAUCUGGACAGCAGGACAGGAAAAUGUGACUUCCUGAUCUCAUAUUUUCAUUAGUUGAUUAUCUGAAAUGUUCUUGCUGCAUGCUCCUAGAGUUUAUUUGUGGAAAAUAUCUAUUAUUAUGUUAUGUCUGUGUGUUCUUUGAAUUGCAAUGCUCCCUAAUUAAAUGGCUACUUUCAGACUUAUAGCCUUAUUACUGCAGUUGGUUUAGUAGCUAGGUUAUGAUUACAUACUAUUAAGAUUGAAUUCUUUAUUCUUAUAUGCCUGAUAUUAUUCCCGUGGUGGUCGAAUAUUGAAUAGGUCUGAUGUAAGAUAGCUGAUUAUGGCAGUGUGAAGAUAUAGGUGUGUAGUUAGACUGAAAAUGUUCAUGUUUUCCUUCGCGGUGCAUCGCUAACUUUCCAGUUUCAUCCCAUGGCAAUCCUUCUCUGGAUAGUGUCAUUGAUUGUGAAGGUCUCGCAAGCGGCGAGAGUUGUUUUCCCAGUUUAUGCUGACUAUUUGUGAUGAUUUUGAAUUUACUUGAGUAUAUAUUUUCCAUUGAUGAACACUUUCUUUUGGAAUGCUGUCGGAGAACUGUUCUGUGAGGUGAAUAGUAUUUCAGUCAUAACCCUACAAUCAUUUCUUCAGGUUUACGACUUUUGUUCCACGCAAACCCUCUUUUAGUA